AGGCAGAAUCCAUCCACGGUGCAUAGCAAGCUGUGUCUGUGUCAGCACUGACUGGGAAAAUGCCUGUAAUUUUACCACAGCUACCUGCGUCAAUGUUUUAUAGUUAUGACCCCAGAUAUAUACCAGGUUACAUAGGUUAUACUUCAAAACUGCGAAGCGAUAGGGGUAACAUAUAUGGCAAUGCAACUCUGCAGUCUAGUGACUAUGAACCAGGCCUCCGAAGAUCUUCAGAGCUUCCCGUGUCUGCAUGGAGAGAAAACUACAGAUCAUCCUCUGAUUUACACCUCGGGGGAGUAAUUACUAACAUACCAAGAGAAAAUGCUGAAAACUGGAAUAAUAAAAAUGGAUAUUUCCACCCAGCUAGUGGAAAGUAUCAUAUUAUCCGAAGGAACCAUACUCUUGAUGGUGACCCUAAAACAUCAUCAGCCAUAAAUGCAAUUGAGGAAAUAAAAUAUGAACUGACCAAUCCAGCUAAAUCGAUGCCUUUGGAAACAAGAAGAUGUGUCUCAUUACAAAACAGUUUGGAAACGCCAAAACAGGCAGCAAGAUGUAUCAAAAGAGCUAGCCAGAUAGCAGAGUCUUCAAGUACCCCUACAAACAGAAAUGAAAAAAGCAAGACCCACCAACCUGAUUUUAUAGGAAAAGAGCGCUCUUCAACCAUACCCAUGAAAAAUGAGCUUCUUCAAAGAAAACAAGGAAAAAUUAUUUACAGAACUAAUAGUGGUCUUCUUCCCAACUACUCUGGAUAUACUCCUGGACAAAUGUUUGUUAUCGGAAGCACAUGGGGAAGGAGCAGCGUGAAUGCCCUAGGAAAGCUACGAGAGCAGAGAUUUCAGUGGACAUCUCUCUUUUAAAGUUUCCGAAAUGGUUUUGUCAAAAAAUACUCAGUGUUCUGUAUAAAGCCUUCCAGAAAUGAUUUACUGUUACAUCAAUGAAUUGCUUUUGAUAACACUUAUCAUACAUUUGAAAUCAUAAUUCCAUCACCAAGCAUUUAAAUAAAGAAUUGAUUGUUUUCAAAUUUG